UAUAAAGAGGCAUUAAUAGGCUCAUUCAAAGUCACUAGACAACUAGAGACACUCCAGUUGUAAGACCUCAACAAGACUCCUGCAAGACAGGUCCAACACUAUGAUGACAGCCACGAAGACCCUGGUGCUGAUCCUGUCUCUGAUUGGAGGAGCCUGUGCCACUAAGUACAACGUUCGCAGCUGCAAGCAACUCAAACAACAAUACAACAUCAAAGCUGAUGGGCUGUACUACCUGACCACAGCCAGCGGGGUGGAGUAUGUAACCUACUGUGACAUGACCACGGCUGGCGGAGGCUGGACACUGGUGGGGAGCGUGCACGAGAACAACAUGUAUGGGAAGUGCACGGUGGGCGACCGCUGGUCAAGCCAACAGGGGAAUGACUUCAACAACCCAGGAGGAGACGGGAACUGGGAGAACACUAACACCUUUGGAACAGCAGAGGGCGCCACCUCCGAUGACUUCAAGAACCCUGGGUAUUAUGACAUCAAAGCGGAGGACGUGUCUGUCUGGCACGUUCCUAACAGAGCUCUGUAUUCUAACUGGAGAAGCAGCUCUAUCCUCCGUUACCACACUGAGACCAAGUUCUUAACUCAGUAUGGAGGAAACCUUUACGAACUGUUCAAGAGUUAUCCAGUGAGGUAUGGAAUUGGACAAUGCAAUGUCAACAUGGGACCAUCCAUCCCAGUGAAAUAUGACCUGGGAUCUCCUGACACAACAAAAAUGUUCUACGGACCUUUCCCCAGGGGUGAGUUCCAGCCAGGCUUCAUCACAUUCAGAGCAGUCAACACAGAGCGAGCAGCCAUGGCCAUCUGCUCUGGGGUCAAACCCACUGGCUGCAACACUGAACACUACUGUAUCGGAGGAGGAGGAUUCUUCCCUGAGGCUGGUCCCAGACAGUGUGGGGACUUCCCUGCCUUUGACUGGAAUGGCUACGGCACCAACGCAGGCUGGAGCGCAUCCAAGGAGAUCACUGAAGCUGCUGUGAUGCUCUUCUACCGCUGAGACCCUGAACAACUGCAUUGUUUUACUGACCAGGAGGAGUCUUAGCUUUUGAUUGGCUGGCAGGAUUAUUCAAGCCAUUGUAGGCUCAAAUGGGUGUAAUAUUAUAUGAAUUGACCACUAGUGAGUUUGGGAUGUAAUACAGGUGAUAUGCACACCAGGAGUGUUGAUCACAGAGCAUAUGAGGGUUUAAACCACUCUCAUGUUCCACUAACAACUUGUUAGUAUUGUCCUAACACUCUUCCCCUUCUCUCAACGCUUCUCUUUCAAUAUCUCUCUUCAUUUUAAUCUUUCUAAAACACUAUUAUUAAUCAAUCAAUAAAUAAGAAGAUUUAC